AUGGCGUACGCCGAAGAGUCUUCGUCGGUCUUGCAGAGACAAGUUUCGGACCGAAUCCCAUUGUGGCAAGUGCCGUUUGCCACAGCGGGGGCGUUGAUCGAUUGUCUCACCUGCCCGAGGCCGGUGACAGGCGUAAACACUGAGCAGCAGGUUCGCUUCAGGGACGUUCCUCCCCCGUAUCCAGAUGUAAAGUCCGGGAUGAACAGAGCCUUUUUCACGAAUAUUCCUUUGCAAGAAGAGGCCUUACAUCGGGGGAUCAUUUAUGUUCCCAGUGAGCAGACGUAUACCCAGACCUACGCACCGCCGGUGCGCCCCUCCUAUCAGCCUGUAACUGUGCGCACACUGGGCUGUCACGGGACUGCCGUGCAAACCUACGCGACGCAUCCACUUCAGUAUGCCCCUGAAGCGUCGAAUGUGCGCUAUCAAGUGCAACCCAUGACGUACGCAGUCACGCAUCAAGGCCUCGGGAACCAUCCCCCCGCAUCCUCAUUCUCUACUCCCUUUCAGAUGCUUCCUCCUGCGGGAGUUUCUCCCAUCGCGUGCCGCCCUAUGGCAACGCAUUCAGUUCAAACGUGGGAAUAUGUCACCACAGACACGUCGUUGGCCGACACGAACCCUACUAUUUACCCCUUGACACAGUGCAAAGCUGUUCAAGUGGGCUCUAUGCAAGAGCAGGAGGGUCUCGUUGAGGCAGAGUGUACCGGAUGUAACGGCGAGAACGAUUGUGAUCUCCCCUUGCGCCUGGAAUCAAACGGCCAUACUGGUUCCGCAGACGACGAAGAACACAAGGCGGCGGAGGAACGCAGCGGCAGCACGGUUGAAGAGAGAAGUGCUGUCAUCCAGACAGAUACAGUAACGGAAAAGCCCGAUCCAGUUCAGCGGGAGGAAAUCAAAGGCAGCACAGAUGAGAAUAGUGGCGAAGCACCGAAAGAAAGUUCGCAGGAGGACGGGUCAAUAGCAGAGAAAGAACUAUCAGGAAAGGCGGCUCCGCGGGUGGCGUCGACGCUCAGCGAAGGCAUCUCCACUGUCCACUCAAGCGUUAAUGACACUCUACAAAAAACUACGACAGUGGAACCGGGAAGAGAGUGGCCUGUAGGCUUCGUACCUCCACAAGAUCCGUGUGACUACAAGGAGCUUCGUUUUGGAAACAACGUGUACCUCAUGGGCGGCACCUUUUAUUUGAGUGACACCGGCGCUUACCUUCUCGGCCUACGAAACUGA